UCAGUGGCAAUGUGGUGCUUGCCCCACUCCCUCCUCCCUUACUUUAAUGCUAGCUAAGAUGGUGGUUUGAGCGUAAAAUUGUCUCCCCAACAGCCAAGAAAAAGACAGGGGCAGAAACACCUUUAUAGUCUUUUUAAUUGCAACCAAACAGCACACCCGCGGUUACACGGAGUGACCUCGUAGAGACAUUUUGGACAUUUUCACAUUUACGUUGGCUUGCAGUCCCCGCCCAAUUUCGGUGUGUCUGUGUUGGAGUGGAGUCCUCGGCUAAAUACGGACUGGCUCUGUGUUUUGCGACCACCCCUUCCGACAACGCUCAGCUUCACCGCCGCGCCCGUCAUAGGAUGUCCCAUAGCCCCGACAUGAAGGAUGACCCCAUGGAGUGCCCCCUGUGCAUGGAGCCGCUGGAGAUCGACGACGUCAACUUCUUCCCAUGCACCUGCGGCUACCAGAUCUGCCGCUUCUGUUGGCAUCGCAUACGCACGGACGAGAACGGCCUUUGCCCCGCCUGCAGAAAGCCAUACCCAGAGGACCCCGCUGUGUACAAGCCUCUGUCACAAGAGGAGAUCCAGAGGAUAAAGAACGAAAAGAAGCAGAAACAGAACGAAAAGAAGCAGAAAGUGACAGAGAACCGCAAGCACUUGGCCAGUGUCCGAGUGGUCCAGAGGAACUUAGUGUUUGUGGUGGGCCUUUCGCAGCGCCUCGCUGACCCAGAGGUCUUAAAACGACCAGAGUAUUUUGGGAGAUUUGGGAAGAUCCAUAAAGUGGUCAUCAACAAUAGUACAUCUUAUGCAGGUUCACAGGGGCCGAGCGCCAGUGCAUAUGUCACCUACGUCCGUUCCGAAGAUGCCCUCCGGGCAAUACAGUGUGUGAACAACGUGGUGGUAGAUGGCAGAACACUCAAGGCUUCUUUAGGCACAACAAAGUACUGCAGUUACUUUCUGAAAAGUAUGCAGUGUCCUAAACCUGAUUGUAUGUAUCUACAUGAGCUUGGUGAUGAAGCAGCUAGCUUUACAAAAGAAGAAAUGCAGGCAGGAAAACAUCAAGAGUACGAGCAAAAACUCCUCCAAGACCUGUAUAAAUUGAACCCUAGCUUUUUACAACCUCCGUCAUGUGGAACAGAAAAGUCAAAGAGUAAAUCAGGCUCAACACAGAGAACCAACAAUAGCAAUGGUAAAGAUGGGUGGCCAACGUUGUCGGGGCACAGCAAACUAGCCAAUGGCCUUUCCGAGGACCGCAAGUCCCCGCCGCUGCUAGAUUAUCUAGACCAGGAGGGUCUCACCUCAGACGGUCUAGAUACAGAGCUUGGUCCAGGCCAGUGCUCUGCCCUAUCUCCCUUCUCUUCAAACUGUGACAGCAACAGUCCCAGUGACAAGCCUUCAGAGUCCAUUGCUUUGGUGAAUGGAGAGACUUUACAGAUACCCACAAGUGACUCCCCGUCCCCUCCCCCGGGUUUAACCAAGCCCAGCCUGGUGGUGCCCAUCAGCGUGUUAGACCUCGCAGCCCGUUCACCCUUUGAGGGCGCGGCGGCCGAGUCGCAGUCGCUCUUUUCGGACAACAGCAACUUCCGACACCCCAACCCCCUCCCCAGUGGUCUGCACUCAUUUCCUGGCAAUUCCCGCAGCAAUCCUGACUGGCCCAUGACGCCUGAACCACAGAGCCUCUUCACAUCAGUAGCACCUCCAGUAACGUCCAUCUUUGAUCUGGCGACAGACACAAUACCAGUGUCGUCCUCCACAGACUGGCAGGCAGCUUUCGGCUUUGGCUCAUCCAGCAAACAGCAGGACGAUGACCUGGGCUUCGACCCCUUCGACGUCACCCGCAAAGCCCUGGCCGACCUGAUAGAGAAGGAGUUGUCGGUGCAGGAUCAGAGCCCCGCAUCCCCGGGGCCUCUCCCACUGGGGAACAAUCACGGGCCCGGCCUCCUGCCCCCCAACGGCAUCGCCGGCGCUCCCCACCCCUUCCCCAGUGGUGUACCCCGCCUUCCCCCGCAGCUCCACCACAGAGCCAUCUACAGCUCCUUCAGUUUCCCUGGCACUCAGGCCAGUCAGCAGCAACAGCCAUCGGCCAGACACCCCUGGAUGGGCGUCCCUUCGCGGAAUAACCUCACACACUUGAACCACUCAGCCAGUGCUGCCUCACACAGUCAUUUCUUGGACCUGAAUCUGCCUCCUCAGCACAGCACAGGUCUAGGAGGGAUCCCCAUCUCAGAAAACAGCGGCUCUAUAGAAGGCCUAAAUGUAAAAGAGUGGCAAGAUGGCCUCAGAGCUCUCCUGCCUAACAUUAAUAUCAACUUCGGGGGCCUUCCAAACUCCUCUUCCUCCUCUUCCUCCUCAUCCUCCAACAGUGUUAACCACAUUGGUGGACCAGCAGGCAUUUCACACAGCCUGAGUUGGGACAGUACAGCUAGCUGGAUGGACCCUGCCAUCAUCACAGGUAUACCUGCGUCAGCAGGCAACAGUUUAGACUGUCUCCAGGACGACAACCCGCCACACUGGCUCAAGUCCCUGCAGGCGCUAACAGAGAUGGACGGUGCAGCCAGUUCAGUGGUGCCCAACCCUCAGCCCCUCCACAGCGGCAUCCUCGACAGCCACAUCCCCCUUCACCACAGAGCAGCCGCCGCCGCCGGCUGGGCCCCCUACCUGCCCCCCGCCACAGCCAACCCCGCCAGCCAGUUCCACUCCCCUCCGCCAGGCUUCCAGACCGCCUUCAGACCCCCGGUACAGCCCGCCACAGAGCUGCUACAGAGUGCCGUCGUGGACCGUCACUGAAUACAGACUCCAUUUACCCCACUACCACCUUAUACCCACUCAUCAUGUACCCGGCUCCCCCCGCCCCUUCAAAGCCAAACACAUCAAUCUGCAGAGUAUGAAAAAUGAUUAACAUGCUUUCUUAUUUUUCUUCUUCCUUUUUGUCUACUCUGAAGGCCUUUUUUGUUUGUGACACACCGCAUCUCCUCCGUCUGCUCCAAUCACCACUCCUUAGACCUAGACGCAGGGGGGCUUGAUCCGUCGUGCAGCUUACCGAUAAUGGAGAGCACAAGCGACAGCAUAGCACUGAGCACCCGGCGGUGACAUUUUAAACUGACAAAGAGUCAAUUAAGCAUAAGUGAGGUCUUCUUUUUAAAACGUAACUAAACAUUUAAGCGUGAAGCGUUAUCGGACAGUCGAAGCCACCGCGGAGGAACGAAGCAAGCUGUGAAUCAAGGACCCUCACAGUCACGGUGAAAGAUAGCGGGGGAGGGUCGUAGAACCCAAGACGAUACAGAAAGUGGGUUUGGGAGUUGAGGGCUAUGCAUGGGCUCCCUGUUAGGUGGGCUCGUGGCCCACAUUCCCUCUAGUGCAGGGCUCCCACCGGCCGCCGUCCCGCCGCAGGGAACAUUUUUGCUGAACCUCUGUAUCAGAGGAUAGAGCGAGUGCCCGAGCGCGACAGAGCAGAGAGCCGGUCCAGGUGGGAGAUGGUGGCACACGAUCCUAAGCACGAGGGUUAGACUGGUUACUCCCAGUGCCACCGUGUGGUACCUGCAGUAGCUAGCCCUAACAUGGACCGCCACCACGUAGAUAGAGGAAGAACUAGACGGGAGGACGUUACAAGUAACUAACAAGGCGUGAGGGCUUAAUUGAGGCCUUAACAUGGGAGCGAGGAGGGAAAGGAGCUGGGGUGAGCAGAAGAGGCGUGUCCAUGAUUGCUGCAAACCGUGCAAUAUUGUAUGUGACUUUGGCAACCCUGAGGAAGGUGCUGCAAUACAACACAAAGUACUGUAGUAGGGACACUCACACGCUUUUUUUCUGUCCCUUUUGCCUCUCGGUUUGACCUCCCACCGCCUUCUUUUAGAAGUCUUAAUUUUCUGACCCGUCUUGUCUUCUCCCCUUUAACCUGUCCCCCGUUAACAGUAUUGACACGAAAAUGAUCAAAUUCAUCCGGGAGAAACGCUCAUAAAAUGGGUUUUAAUGUAACGUCGCAAAGGAGGAGGAGGAGGAAGAAAAACGAUAAGUUGAGGCGCUUAAAAGGAAGUAGACUGUCCUCUGCAGGUCUGGAAAAAAAUGAACCUUAAAUAAAACUGAAAAGUCAGACCA